AUUCAUAAGUCUUGCACAAGUGGUCACAGCAGAAGCAAGGCAUAUAAGAUUCGAUGGCUUCUACAAAAAGCAGAUUUGUCCACCGUGCUUGGUAGCUUCUCAUCCAACAGAGGUUUCACCUCAUCAAUAGUGCAGAAAGAUGAGUGUGGAGUACCGAGCCUCAAACGCAGCUGAUACGGACAUGACCAGAAGUGAAAUUGCCUACAAAAGUUUUUCCUCUGAUGGGAAAAAUUUUCUUCUUUCAGUUUAUUCCCUGAGAAGCCAGAGCUUUAAGCUUGCUACAAUUGGCCUUGGACUGCUCUGCGUCGUGCUGGUGGCAUGGCUAAUCGGUCAGAGUGUUCACAAUCAAAAGGUAAAAAAAGACAAUCUGGACACAUUAAAAGCCCUCAACGAAAACAAAGAGCAGCUUCAAGCGAACCUGAAGACGGUACAAAUUGCAAAAAAAGAGCUAGAAUCCAAUUUGAAGCAGCAACAGGGACAAAUCAAUUUCAUAUCCAGACAAAUAGACGUACUGGCUUCCAAUAACAGAGAACUAACAAAAGAGAGAAACGAUUUUAAGGCCAAGCAAAGGGAGGCAGAUACCAACAAAAUUGCUUUAAACAACGAGUUGGGACUGCUGAGAGACAGUACAGCCCGGCUGCAGAAAGAAAAAGAUGCACUGAGCGCUGCCCAAACAAGCUUAAAUACAAGAUGUGAUGCAAUUGCCAAACGCUCCAAAGAACUACAGGCUAAUUAUGACACUGUUACUAACGAAAGAAACAAUUUACAGAACAAAUUUAACAACGUGAGCAGAUCUAGAGAUCGGCUCCAGGUAAGUUACAGUGAUAUGAUCAAUAAGAUGGAGGAGCUACAUGACAAAUACAACUUCUCCUUGAGUGAAAAAGACAAGCUGUCGAGCGUCCACCUAAACCUCACGACUGAAAUCAAAGUACUGGAAGACAUAAACAGUGUGCUGAGAAAGGCAGAAAAUGACUUGCAGAGUUCAUACCGAUCGGUGCAAAGGGAGAAAAGCGAACUUCAGAGCAGCCUGAAGAAUGUAACCGCUGACCGAGACCUUCUGAGAGCAAAAGUUGAUAACCUGACUGCUGAGCAAGAUGAGCUGCUGGGGAGAAUUGACAAGCUGAAUGCAACUCUUCAAGAGAAACGUUGCCCUGCUGGCUGGAGGAAGUUCCAGUACAGCUGCUACUUCCCCUCUACCACCAAAAAAACCUGGACGCUAAGCAGAGAGGACUGUCACAGCAAGGGAGCAGACCUGGCCAUCGUGACCAGUAAAGAUGAAAUGAACUUCAUCAACAGCUUGUACAAUGACAAAGAGGUGUGGAUCGGUCUGAGUGACGGAGGAGUGGAAGGCCAAUGGAAAUGGGUUGAUGGAACACCACUGACUUUAACGUUCUGGGCUCAAGGGCAGCCAAACAGCCAUCAAGGGAGGAACCAGGACUGUGUGGAGGUCUGGCACCGUAGCAAAGGGGACGGCGACUGGAAUGAUGAGAAUUGUAAUGUUGAACAAUUCUGGAUCUGUGAGAAGUAGCUUUGCUUUGCAGCUUUGCUUCCAAAAGACAUUCAAUCACUUUAUUACGUAUAUGAACGUACUGUGAUCAAAUGAGACCAAAAUCAGCAAUUUUGAUCUACAUUCAAACUGGUAUGUGUGAGGAAAAACUAAAAACGCCGUGAGCACAGCAUCCCCACAGUGAGACACGGUGGUGGCAUCAUUUGGUCUUCUUGCAAAAGUUUUCCUUUCUUUUCAUCCAGCAUUUUCUGCAGUCUCAUUUGGAUAUUUGGACUUGUGCCGGUAUUUCAUUUAUAAAAUGGAGCUUGCUGGUGAUCUGUUUUUUUCUUAUUGUUGAUUUGAUCAUUGCUCCGACUCCAUCUGAAAAAGAUUAAUAGAACACAUUUUUAUCCAUUUGUUUUAAAGUGUGCUUAAAAGAUUUCAUGCUUUGACUCAAAAUUUGAAUGAAAAUAUAUUCAAAAAGAUGUAAGUUUUUCUUUUCUUGCCAGUAAUUCUGCGUGGGAGAGUGAAGUAACACUUAGAUUUCAGUCGUUGUUUCAAAUCAAAGGUAAAAUAAAAGGCAUCGGUUUUGGUAAUAUUAGUUACAAUCAUCAAGCACCUGUUGGUGGAGCAAAGCAUAAUUUACUGUUGAGAUUCACACAAAUACUUCUACAUAGUACUGAUUACUGAAUCGUACUCAUUGUCUGUAUUAAUGUCUUGUCGGAAUAAAUUUGUACAUAUUUUAAUACCAAGCCAAUUUAUGCUACUGAUAACUUGAUUCUGUGAAUAAAAAGAUCAUUUUGUUGAGAG